GAUUGGACCCUCCUCCCAAUGGCGCAAAUCCCCACACCUCCAGCGUCUCCCCAGGGCUCGGAAUCGCCUGAUGUCGAGUCUAAACCGCCCCCGGUAGUUGACUCCUCUGUUGACUUGUUGCAGUCACUGGACACACUUCUGGAACGCUAUCUGCAUCUCUUAGAUCGUCAUCAGGAAUUACAGGCCGAACUGGCUACAGUGCUAUCUUCGGGGUUCCUCUCACUCGCUCAAGCCAAUUAUACCUGCCCGCCUGGCCGAAGAUAUGGGGCGGAUUACUACGAUGAACGCAUGAAAGCAACAAGGAGGGUGGACCUAGAACCCCCAACAUCCUAUUGCCAAAAUGUUGAGGGACCCAGUGUAAAACCGUCUUCCGAAAAGCCUACCGAGCGCGACCAUUCUCGACACAUCUUCACCAUUCAACCAGCUACAAGCGACACUGCAGAGGAACAGCCGGAGCCGAGUGGAAAGGAGAACCAGUCAAAGUCGAGUGACACCUGCACGUCAGAACAUACGAGUUUGGAGAAGAGGGAUCCCACAGCUUCACCGGACAAUUCUGAACCACAACCAUCGGCCGACACAGGACCUAAAUUGACAGAAAAGAAGCCCCGCUCUUCUGACCCUAUCAGAUGGUACGGAAUCUUGGUGUCACCUUUUCUUCGUAGCGCCCAAAAAUCUUUUACGGAGGCUGUAGGGGGUCCAUUGCCUGAGUUGGCAAGUGUGGUGAUCGAGUUGCAGGUUGUGGAAAAGCAAGUGAAACGGAUGCGCGGUGAAAUAGGGAAAUUGUAAUUCUCAAUAUACCUCAUAAUCUAUGUAUCCGUAUAUAUAUAUGGAGCAUUUCCGUUCGAAUAUAAAGUACAGUGCAUAUCAGAUUGGUUUCGUGCGUUUGGUAUCGAGCCAAAUUGAUUCAGAACAUACCACAUAAGUUAAGAUUACAUGGUCAAGUGGGAACUAUCAUCGCUCAUUAUUAUUAGAAUAGAUCUUGGACCAAGCUCCUGGAGGAGGAGGGAGAGAUAAAGAGAAUCGGGAAAACAUAAGAGCAAAAAGAUUCUUCUAGCCCAUUGAUUAUCUCAACCUCGGCAUUUUGUGAUCAUGUCUAAUAGUAUCACCUUCAGAAGCACAGGCCAGAAC